AUGACAUUGAACCCUCGGGGUACAGGGCUGAGGCGGGCAAGUGGUGGCGCCAUGGACCCGCGCGGCGCGCGCGGCGCCGACCGCCCGCCCAACCCGCGCGCCCGCGCCUCCCCGCUGUCGGCGCUCACCUUCGGCUGGGUGCUGGGCACCUUCUGGCGCGGCUACCAGCGCGACCUCGAGGUGGACGACCUGACGCAGCCGCUCACCGAGCACCGCAGCGACCUCCUCGGCGACGUCUUCGAGAACUUUCGACAAUUUUCUCUUUUUUCCUUUCUUAAUACCCAUUACAUCGACUGUCAAUAUACACUAUUUUCCAUUUUUCCUCCUCGCCAAUAUUCUUUAACAUCAUAUCAUCUCUUCCCGCUUUCCCUCACAAAGUGCGGAUCUUCGUCACAUGUAGUCUGCCUCGCCCAAGCACAGCGUAGUGAGCGAGUGCGUUCGCUCAGGCGCUGGUCCGAGGAGACGCGGCGCGCGGCGCGGCGCGGGGGUGCGCGGCCCAGUCUGACGCGCGUGCUGGCGCGCGUGUUCGGCGUGCAGCUCGCGCUCUACGGCCUCGUCCUCGCCGCCAUGGAGCUCGGCCUCAGAGUGGCGCAGCCCAUCUUCCUUGGGCGACUGGUGCUGUCGUUCAGCAGCGAGUCGGAAGUGUCCCGCGACGCGGCCCUGGGGUACGCCGCGGGCGUGGUGUUGUGCUCUGUCGUCGACGUCUGCGUCACCCACCCUUACUUCAUGGGACUCUCCCACAUGGGCAUGAAGAUGCGCGUGGGCAGCUGCUCGCUGCUGUACCGCAAGGCUCUGCGCUUGAGCAAGACGGCGCUGGGAGACACGACGGCCGGGCAGGUGGUGAACCUGCUGGCCAACGACGUGGCGCGCUUCGACCUCGCGCUCAACUUCCUGCACCACCUUUGGGUGGGCCCCGUGGGGACGGCGCUCGUCACCUACAUCAUGUACUGCGAAGUGGGGGUCGCUGCGGUCGUUGGUGUCGUUACCGUUCUCCUCUUCAUCCCGCUGCAAGCGGCCCUGGGGAAGCGCGUGGCGGCGCUGCGCCUGCGCGCGGCGGGGCGCACGGACGCGCGCGUGCGCCUCAUGGGCGAGAUGGUGGGCGGCGUGCGCGCCAUCAAGAUGCACGCGUGGGAGCGGCCCUUCCAGGCGCUCGCGGCGGCGGCGCGCAGACGAGAACUGAAGUGCAUCGAGUCGUCGUCGCACAUUCGCGGCGUGACUCUCGGCUUCAUGAUGUACAACACGCGGAUCUCAAUUUUCGCGUCCGUGCUGGCGUACGUCUUCACCGGCGGCAUCGUCACGCCCGAGAAGGUAUUCCUGAUCGUGGGAUACUAUAAGAUUCUAGGCCAAACGAUGGCGUAUUUCUUCCCUGUAGGCCUAAAUCAACUCGCAGAAGUGUUAGUGUCAAUCAGACGCAUAGAGAAUUUCCUGCUGCACGAGGAGUCGCCGCGCUGCGCCGAGCGCAAGGCGGAGGCGGAGGCGGUGGCGGCGCCGCCCGCCUGGUCGGAGGAGAUCGCGCUGAUGGAGAAGGCUCCGGAGAAGCCGCCGUCCGCCAACAACGCCAACAACAACGCCGCCAACAACGCCAAGAACGCCUCCGCCCGCGCGUUCGUGGCGCACGCCGCCCCGGGCGUGGAGCUGAGCGACGCCAGCGCCAAGUGGUCGGGCGACGCCGCCGGGGAGGACACGCUGAGUCACGUGACGCUGAGCAUCGGCGCCGCGCAGUGCGUGGCCGUCGUGGGGCAGGUGGGCGCCGGCAAGACGUCGCUGCUGCACGCGCUGCUGCGGGAGCUGCCGCUGCGCGCCGGGACGCUGGAGGUGCGGGGGCGAGUGUCGUACGCGUCGCAGGAGCCCUGGAUGUUCGCGGGCUCCGUGCGGCAGAACAUCCUCUUCGGGGAGCCCUUCGACCGCCACCGGUACAACCAGGUGCUGAGAGCAUGUGCGUUGGACGUUGAUCUAGAGAAUCUGCCGUAUAGCGAUGAAACUAUGGUUGGAGAUCGUGGUAUUUCCCUCUCAGGGGGGCAGCGUGCUCGCAUCAAUCUUGCCAGAGCUGUGUAUAAAGACGCUGAUAUCUACUUGCUCGAUGAUCCAUUGUCAGCUGUGGAUGCUCGUGUGAGCAAACAUCUCGUUGCUGAAUGCAUCAAAGGAUACCUUGCAGGCAAGGUGAUAGUACUGGUUACACAUCAAUUGCAGCAUCUUCAGGACGUAGACCACAUUUAUGUAAUGUGCAACGGUUCAGUAUUGCUGGAAGGUACAUUUGCUGAACUUCAAGAAUCAGAAACUGGUCUUCUACAGUUCAUGGAGACUGACACAAAUGCUGCAGACGGAGACAAAAUGAAAGAAAAUUCUCCAGCACCUGAGCCUGCUUCUCAAACUCACAUGUCCAAAGAUAAGUCAACAAAAGUUCCAUCAGAGGAAAAGGAAGCUCAGACCCUUGGAGUUGUUGCUGGCCAAGUAUAUACUGGCUAUUUCGCUGCAGGUGGCAAUUGGUGUGUCAUUUCUACAUUAUUCUUGCUGUUUAUUGCCACUCAAGUAGCUGCUAGUGGAGCUGAUUAUUGGAUAACAUAUUGGGCUAAAGCAGAGGAACAUUUUCACUUGAAUCACACAAUGUCUUCAAAUUCCAAAUUUGAAAACUCUACCAUUCCCGUUGAUAUAAUAAAUUAUGAAGAUGAGAUUCUAUCCAGAGAAGACUACAUUUUCAUAUACGCAAGCAUCAUUGCAGCAGUAGUUAUUUUGUCCUUGGUUCGUUCUUUUGUUUUCUUCAGAGUUUGCAUUCGUGCUUCUCAAUACUUGCAUAAUGUAAUGUUCCGCUGUGUAACACAUGCGAAAAUGAUCUUCUUCAAUGCAAAUCCAUCAGGAAGAAUUCUGAAUCGUUUUUCAAAAGACAUGGGUGCUGUGGACGAAAUAUUGCCUCAGUGCAUGAUGGACACAUUCCAGAUUGGUCUAGCACUACUAGGCAUAGUUGUUGUUGUGGUAGUAGUCAACUACUGGCUUAUCAUUCCCACUGUGAUUAUGGGUAUUAUGUUCUACCUGAUGCGACAGUUCUAUCUUGCAACUUCAAGAAGUGUGAAACGUCUUGAAGGAAUCGCUCGCAGUCCUGUCUUUUCUCACUUGACUGCUUCCUUACAAGGCCUUACUACCAUUCGAGCAUGCAGAGCAGAAGACACUCUUAUCAAGGAAUUUGAUAAUCAUCAGGAUCUUCAUUCAUCUGCCUCGUAUAUGUUUAUUGCCCUGUCACGUGCCUUUGGUUUUUGGCUAGAUUUCAUUUGUGCAGCUUACAUCACAGUUGUAACUUUCAGUUUCUUUGUGAUGGGGACAGAUGUUUUCGGUGGCAAUGUGGGAUUGGCAAUUACCCAGGCUAUUGCUCUGACCAGUAUGUUUCAAUGGGGGAUGCGACAGUCUGCUGAAAUGGAAAAUCAGAUGACUGCUGUGGAACGAAUUAUGGAGUACUCUAAUUUGGAACAAGAACCUCCACUUGAAUCACCUCCAGGAGAAGGUCCUCCAUCUGAUUGGCCAAGUAAAGGCUGUGUUGUUUUCAAGGAUGUGUCAUUGAAAUAUAAUCCUUCUGAAGCAGCUAUAUUGAAGAAUCUCAACUUCCAAAUUUUGCCAGGAGAGAAGAAGUGGAAGAUGGGCCCUGGUUAUAAGGAGACCACUGUUCCCAAGGACAAGUUUCCAAGAUUGUUGAACUCUCUUGUGAUGGCACCAGCAGUAAAUGCUGAGAGCAACAUUAAGGCUGGAUUUGAAAAAUGUGGUAUCAUAUCAUUCAAUCCAAAUACAGUAAUAAGCAAGGUCCCUGGUGUUGAGAGUUAUGAAGGACCCACAAAUGUAGGGGAUGUUGAUCAAGCUCUAAUCCAUCUGUUGCAAGAGUUGAGAAGGAGCGAUAAAAUGCCUGUGAGACAACAGCGAUCUAGGGUUCCUCUUCAUGCCGAAGAAAGUGUUGGCAUUGUUGGUCGAACUGGAGCAGGCAAAUCUUCUCUUAUUAGUGCCUUGUUCAGGUUAGCAGAGUUGGAAGGUACCAUUUUGUUGGAUAAUAUAGACACAAGCAGUGUUGGACUUCAUGAUUUGCGUCACAAAAUCUCCAUCAUUCCUCAAGAGCCUGUCCUAUUCACUGGAACCCUUCGUAAAAACUUAGACCCAUUUGAUGAAUUUGAUGAUAUGGCUCUUCUAUGUGCCCUUGAUGAGGUGGAACUUGGUGAGAUGGUGCAUGAUCUACCAGCUGGUCUCAGCACAAAGGUGUCAGAAGGUGGUUCCAAUUUCAGUGUCGGGCAGCGUCAACUGGUGUGCCUUGCUCGUGCAAUCCUCAGAGAUAAUCGCGUGCUGGUGCUAGAUGAAGCAACUGCUAAUGUGGAUCCCCAGACUGAUGCACUUAUACAAAAGACAAUAUGCCAGAAGUUUGCUUCUUGCACAGUCCUUACAAUAGCUCAUCGUCUCCAGACAAUUAUGGACAGUGAUCGGGUCCUUGUAAUGGAUGAGGGGAGUAUAGUGGAAUUUGGUCAUCCUCGCAACUUAUUGGAAAACAAAGGUGGUCAUUUUUACAAGUUAGUGCACAUGACCGGCCAUGGUAUGGCUAAACAGCUGACAACAACUGCUGAAGCAGGAUGCAAACUGACAAUGGAGAUUCCCUAGUGUUUGAUGUCCCCUGUUGGAAAAGCAUUUAUUUGUCUCUGACAAGGACACAGGUAAUCCUAUAUCUAAUUGCCUUAUUUAUGAUUUUCACUCUUUGAAAUGUUCAAAUCAAGGACAUUAGAAAAUCAAACGUCAAGAGCAACC